CGAAUAUUAAAAUAAAAAUUUUGUUGUAUUUAUUUGUCACUUGGAAUUGUUAAUUAACUUAUAUGCAUUUUGUUAGUGUUUUUUCCCAAACGUUAUAGUAAAUUUUAUUUAAAAGCAUUUAAAGAUAUAAUCCCCAAAAAAAAGACAACAAAAAAUUCGCAAUAAACUAUUUUAUAAUAUUUAAAUCCGAAAUACCACUACAGCGAAUUUAAUUUUAAAUUGUUGUAAACAAAUAUCGGCCUAAAUUUAAACAGCAUUAUGUUAAAUUGUUUGUCAUCAUCAUCAUCGUCAUCGACGACAAAUACUUUUUUGAAAACCUGUCUUUCGGUCAUCUGUUUGUUUUUACUCUUAAUGGAUAGUGCUUAUGCAGUGGGCUUUGGUCGUUGUCCUAAAUAUCCUUCGAUGCCUAAAUUUAAUAUGAGCAGGGUCUUAGGUCAAUGGUACGAAGUGGAAAGAUCUUUCUAUUUGCCCGAAAUUGCCUCCGGUUGUACAACUUUAGAAUUUCAGCCUUUACAUCAAGAGGAACUGUCACGUUUUAAUAAUUUCAGAUUAGAAGUGGCCAUUAAAACUAUUAACAGAAUCACUGGAAAUCCUUCGGUGAAUUUGGGUUAUGCCACACCGGAAAGUCGAAAAUCUUCCAUAAUGGAUUUUAAGUUCAGCACCCGUUUUCCCGAUGUCAUAGCCCGUUUACUGCCCGGUUCGGGAAAAUAUCAAGUGCUCUACACAGACUAUGACAAUUUUGCCAUUUUAUGGUCUUGUGGUUCGCUGGGCUCUUUGGGUUAUUCCGAUCAGAUAUGGGUAUUUGGUCGUGAGCGUGAUUUUAAUGUAGAGGUGCGCACUAAAAUCUAUGAUGCUCUUAAGAAAUUGGGUUUGGAACCAGAUCGUUUAGUUUUAAGUAAAAAUCGAAAUUGUCCCAAAACUUUAUAAGGACUUAAGAUGUAUUAUUAAGAUUUAUAUAUGUAUGUAUUUGUACAGGAUAUUAUUUGUUUAUAUUAUUUUUAAUAUAGAAUAUUGAUAGAAUAGGUUUCUGUGAUACUCCUCCUCAGACAAUAAAAAAGAAGGAUGAUUUUAAAAAUUAAA